GAAAAAUGGAGAAUAAGUCAAUUUUUCAAUUAGAUCAUCAUAUUCAAAAAAAUUUAUGCUAUACUAGACCAUUUUACAGACAAGGAAGGAAAUUUACUGCUAUAAAGGUUUAUACAAUCAAUGAUGAGUCACAACAUUUAAUAGUAUGUGGUGUACCAAAAUUGAAUUUAUUUGAAGAAUUGAAAGAAAAGUUUUCUCUUUUUGGACAUAUAAAAAAAAUAAUUUUUAUACCAGAAUAUCCUAAUGAAGAUUUUACUGAAUCAUUUCAUGUGCAUUAUAAAAGAAUACAAAGUGCCAGAAUAUCAAAACGUUUCCUUGAUAGUUUAAAUUUUUUUGGCGGAAUACUUCACGUUUUCUAUGCACCUGAAUUAGAGUUACAAUCUGAAACAAGGCAAAAAAUAUACCAACGUCAAGUAGAUAUCAGUUAUAGAACCAGAAAACAUAAAAAUGAUCCAACUAAUCCCGAUAUAGAACCAUUUAUUUCAAAGUAA